AUGAAACCACGAGACUAUAAAAGAGCUCAGAUUAAAUCGACCUCAAUCACUCCACUCAAAUCUGCUGAAUUGAUUGGGUCGAAGAAUUUGAAGAACGCAAGUACGAUCCAAACAGGUGAGAUUACUGCAUACAAUAAUACAUCUCACCAUUUUUGUUCUCCAGCCUGUAUUUGUAAAUGUGCAACGUUGUGAUUGUCUACAAAGUUUAGUUAUGAUGCAGAAUAGAGGUGUAAUGGCAGUAAUGCAUGAUGGCUACAAAACCGUGUCGGACGAGACGGCCAUUCACAUCAGAAACUUUACACCAUUAGGCUUAAUCAAAGUUAAUUCAGCUUUUACUGUUGCACAAACAAAAUGGACUAAUUUAAGCGCUCUUCAAUCCACGAAUGCAUGGACAAAAUUUUAAUGUACGACUACCUCCAUUCACAAAAAUACUCCUAUACUGGAUAAAGCUCUGAUACGAUUUCAAAUCCGGUUGUCUUCUGAGAAUAUGAAUCGUUUUGUCACACCGCAUUCUACCAAUCAUGUAUCCAAUAGAUCCAAUAAAAAGUACGUAUAGUGAUUAUUAACAUUUUUUGCAUCCAAACAAAUUACCCAUCUGGAUAUCACAUCUGGAUAUUAACGUAACUUGACUAUUCCAAAAAUACCAUACACUAUAGUACUGUAAUUAAAUUAACCCCGAUAUUUUUAUUCCAGGAUUAUGAAAAUGAAGAUUUUGAUAUUUGUAAUACUCUGUCUUGUUAAUUUUCUUAACGGCGCACAAGGUAAUAAUUGUCAUACAGUUUCUUUAUAUUUGAUUUUGUUCUUGUUUGUCAUACAUUACCCACAGACACUAGCUUGAAAAAUAUAGUAAAAAAUUUAAAGGAUUUGGGUGGAGCAUGGGUGGCAGAUCUGGGGGAUAAGGUAAUUUAUUUAGGUAGGAUAAGCUUUGUGCUAGUGUUGAUUUUUUCCGCUACAAUGUCUUCAGUAGGUUAUUCCCUGGAUUUUUCGGUUUCUCCUCUCACCGGAAACGUUGACCUUGAAUUUUAGGGACUGUUCAUAUUGACAUGUUCAUAUGGAGCUGAACUGGGGCUAGUUAACCGGGAUGAUUCGUUUAAAUUGAUAAUUAAAAGCAUUAUCGUAUCACGGCUUUGAUGAACACCCAAAAUUACAUUGUUUUAGUUUGAUUCCAGUAACAGUAUUUAUUAUUAGCAUGACAAAAUUACUGGAUGCUGAUUGGUUGAGAGGAGUACAAUUAUUUCAUUAAUUGUACUGCAGUACAAUUAAUGAUUUUCCCAAAAUAAUCAAAAUGGCGGAAAGAUAUUUUAAACACAAACGUGAAAUGAAAUUGCCCUAGAAGGACUAGUUGAAAAUACGAACAAAAGCACCAAAUGUUGGUUUAUCAAAGGAACUAAAUGAAAAUACGAACAAAAGCACCAAAUUUUGGUUGAAAGUCUGGCAGAACUGGGCUUUGGCGAGAGAAUAUGAUGUUGACAUUGAGAAGUAUACGUAUCCAAUUUUUCGUGCUAAUAAUAAGCAAGUAAUCAUGCGAUGUUGCUCGUACAAUUAGGAAUUAAUAUUACUCGUAAUGUUUGGAAAUUUGCCAAAUUGGACUCGCCCCGGCGGCUCGUUCAAUUUUGGCAAAAUUUCCAAACAUCACUCGUACUAUUAAUCCCUAAUUGUUCUCGCCAUCGCAUGAUUACCUAUACAAAGUUUGUUUAAACGAUGAAGACAUCUUAUAUAGUCAGGAAAACAUUUUUCUGACAAGUUUCGUUUAAGCUAACCGGGCUGGCCUGGCUCAUUUGAAUAAUACCACAAUAUUUUUAGACCGUUUUCUAAUACGUCAUGAUAUAAAAUUACUUUAUAGAAGAAGGUGGUGAUGGUAUAUUGACCAAUGAAGGGAGCCCAGGAUGGAUUGAGAAUCUACUCAAAGAAGUAAGUAAAUUAUAUAGGUCUAGAGAGAAAAAGCUGACUAUGUAAGACGACAUUGUACAAUAGGGGUCAAAAGAGUGAGUAACGAACUUAAAAGACUAUAAUUCUCUUUUAUGCAAACAUUAGCGUGUAAUGGACCAUUUUCAUUAUAGACUAAAUUUUGAUCUAGACAAAUAUUUCAUCACAGCUUGAAAGAGCAUCACAAAUUAAAUUAGUAAUAUUCCAAAGAUUCGUUGCGAAAUGUUGUAAAAUACGGCGAUAAUAUAGUCUUGCGAAAUUUGCUGUUUUCAGUCAUUUUGUAUUACAAACGGGAAAUUGAUGCCCCAACACCCGACUGGGCUGUCAAUUUCCCGUGCGUACUACAAAAUGACUGAAAAACGGCAAACUUCGCAUGGCUGUAUUAUCCGCAUUUUACAACAUUUCGCAAUGAAACUUUGGAAUAUUACUAAUAUUGUGAUGCUCUUUCAAGCUGUGAUGAAAUUUUUGUCUAGAUUAUAAUUUAGUCUAUAAUGCAAAUGGCCAUUAAUAUUGAUCAGAUUGUUUAGGGGUGAAAUUUUAGGGGAAAACAAAACUUACGGAGUUUGUGAUAGAUCAUACAGAAUACUUUGAUUAGCUAUAUCAAAAGCUUGGAAGCGUACGUUUUCUGACUAGACGUAAGAAAAAAAGUGGCACAAAUGUUAGCAUUAACACUGAAAUAUUGUUUCUGUUCUGAUCGGUAUGACUAUUUAUAUGCAUGCAUUAAAAAAUGAACAGCAUCCAUUUUAUUUAAUAUACCUGACCUUGGUUUCAAAUUUCUGAAAUGCUUGGGGCAGGAAUAAAACCAAAAUGACAAAAAAAAACGCCCAAAAUAAACAUUAAAUGUAUUGCACAGCUUCUGCAAUAUAGUUGUGAACAAAACAGUAUUUACAAGCUUUUAGUAAUUUAGGAAAAUGUUUCUAAAACAUAGCUUUGUUUAGUAAAAAAAAAAUGCUCCUGUGUAGCCGGAAAGAAAUUGAAGGACACUUUGUUUUGGUCCGGAGGUGAAUGCAAGAAUGUCCGGAGCUAACCAGCCAAUCAAAUUGCGCGAAACGUUAUACACGUUCCGAAUUUUAAUUGCGGCUUAAAACUUAUUCUAAAACAUAUUAAUUAAACAGGCUGGAAAGGAACAGGACGAAUAUGGUGUUGAUAAAUUGCAAAGAGAUGAGUCAACCUUGAAAGAUGUGUACGACGAUGGAAGUAAUUAAUUGUUUUUUACUUAAGUAUACUUAUAUAAAUCAACCAGGAUAUAAUAGCCUAUUACAUAAUUAUUUCAAACAUUUUAGAACAGGCGUCUGAUAGUUACAUUACAUAGACCAUAAUAGUGAAGUGCGAGAGGAGGCCCUAAAGCCCAUUUUCCACCAGGGGAAUUUGUUCACGCAAAGUGAAGCGAAAAUCUUCGCAAUGUGAUUGGUCAGCGAAAAAGUUGGAUCAGUUCCCACUUUUUUACUGUUCUACGCCUAUUUGAGAAUGGUCUUUGUUUAAAAACUUCCUGACGAAGGUCCUUCGUUCGGAACGUGAAUCCUUUUACAAGCUUGAUCAAUGAACCGAAUUCCAUAUAUGACAUGCUGUAGGCUAUAUUUUGCUGUAAAUUAAAUUAAACCUGGUGGAAGACUCCAGUACGGUCUACGCAAACGCUUUAUUUCUGAUAUAUUCACCCAUUUUCUUGGGACCAAAAUAAAAUGAAAUAUAAUUGUACUUUAAUUAUAGUCCGUAUUCAUCACAAAGCCUGACUGAGCACUCAUAAUGAUCAACAUAAAUCAGUAUUUCAAGUAAACUAUUAAAAUGCUACACAACUUCAUUUUGACAGGCCAGACAGAGACAGAGACUGUGCGUAAUAGUUAUAUGCAUGUCUGAAUUCAGAAUAUUGAUUUUUCUAUAAUGAUUUUCUCUCAUUUUCAGAUCCUCCACUUGCCAUGACCAAACUAGAUGAUGCGUUCAAUAAGUUGGGUGCAGAUGCUAACGGUGCAAAAACUGGUUUAAGUGGUCUGAGAAGUAAAUGGAGCUCACUUCCUUAUGGCGACAGAAAUGCAUUGAUGAUCUCAAUGAAUGUAGCUGCAUCUCAGAUUGAAAAAAUUGCGAAUGCUGGUGAUGAUCCCGUGGGGGCCGUAAGGGGGGCAAUUAAUAUGGUGGGUGCCCUUGCCGUAGCUGCUGGACCCACGGGUCAAAUUGUUAAUGUAGCAUUGAAUUUCGUAUCAGGAUUGCUAAGUCUGUUUGGAAUUGGCGGCAAGAAAAAACAGAAAACUGUGGGUGAGAUUGUCCGGGAACAAAUCGAUGAAGCGCUUGAAAAAUAUGCAGAUCGUUCACUCAUGGAAGAAGCGGAAGGUAUUAUGGAACUAUUUGAUAGUUCUAAAGCUUAUGUUGAUUCGUUAGUCAAGUAUAAUCGUAAGCUAACUGUCAAUGAAGCAAAUAUGAUAGCAAUCUCUGUACCUUUAUGGCAAGGCCUUAAAUUUAUGGGGAAACUUUCUGGUAUAAUACGCACGCUUAUAAAAGAAAACGAGAUCAAAACCUCUCGAAAACUUUUAAAAUAUAUCGAAGUUUACACAAAUGUUGCCAUUUUGAAAGAUAUGAUUUUGAUGGAGACGGCUACGCUAAUGCCAGAAGAAGUCAAAAUUCAUGGAGCCGCCAUGCUUGUCGUACAAAGAAAAAUGCGAAUUAAACAGAAAAAUUGGUUUAAGUUCCUGUUUGAGGUUGAUAUCUCAAAACCAGUAAUCCAUUAUUACGACCCUGAUAAAUACCCAAUCACCGAUUCAUAUUUAACUACGAUGCUUAAAGUUCCAAACUAUGAUAGGUCUCUUGCAGGUACCUGGUGCAUUACACCACAUAUUUGGAAAAAGCCUUUAACUCCCUUAGGCUGGAGUAGAGUAGGAGAUAAUAUGCGUAAGCCAUAUGAUAACCCAUACCUUACUGUUGAAAACGCGGGUUGCUUUUUUAAGUUAAUCCCCCACGGGAAACAUCUUUUCACCAUUCAAAACAAUUAUGACUGUCCAUCAAACGGGUAUUGUGGUCAAUACGUGUCCUUUAAUAUAAUCGAUGGAAAGGCCCGAGCAACAAUUGAAGAUGGCGAUCCUACAUUCUGGGAAAUUUAUGGACAUCAACAAAAAAGGUAUAUGGCAAUUGAGUAUAAUUUUACAUAUUCAAGAGAUUUGAUCAUUUUAAUUUGGAGCUAUAUGAGAGUUUUUAUAAGUAUCAAUCUCAUGCAAGGUAAAAAAACAAUAAAAUUCACGGCAAACUGAACAGUAAGGUUACCAAAACAAGUUAAAAAUUCAUUAAAAAUUCAUGAGUAAAAGUCAAAACAAAUCACUGCCGUGUCUGUUGUUUUUAUAUGUGAUAAAAAACUUUUUCAUUUACAUAAACCUUAGCUUUGAUUUUCUCGCCUUAGAAGUUUAGUUUUAAAAUUAGUUCGCCAAUGGACUCUCAAAUAGGUCGUUUUAAGGCAUUUUAAAACAUUUGCAGUCCGUGCUUCAGAUGUAAAACACUCGAGCUGGCCUCACGUAUUUUAUAUCUGAUAAAGCACUCCUGCUCGUGUUUUAAAUAGUACUUUUUGCGCUUCAAAUAUUUAAUGAAGUCAUUUCAUAAAUUUCAUGAAGCAUGCACAGUUGCUUGAAAUCGAUUCCAACAAUUUUUAUAGUCCAUUGUAAAUUAGCAGUUUUUAUUGCCAGCCAGCAACUUUGGGAAAUCUUGCCUGAAGUAGUAAUCACAUUCCUAUCGGGGUAUAAAUGAUGGCGAAAGUUAACGAACCCACUAUUAAUAAUUGAUCUAUUAAAUAUUUUCAGCAUUUUGGUGGAAUAUGAAACAAAUAAUGAAUGCUUUCAAUCGUGCAAUAGUGAAAAUAUUUUCAUUCGGUGAAAGAUCGAAUUUUCCAUUCGACUUGGCCAUCGCCUCACGGAAUUAUACCUUUACAUUAUGCAAAUAUUUUUACCAUUCCACUCAUUAACAUUCAUUAUUUGUGUACUAUGUUAAUUAUAUGUACGAGAUUGUGGCAUUCACCCUGAUGUACCGACAUGUAGAAUCUUAUACAUAGAAAGUAUUUGACCAAUGCAUGGUAGAAAUGAAAAUGGUCGAAAUAAAAAAGUUUAAUUAUUAAUUAUCAGCCAAUCAACAUGCAUCUUUUGCCCUUUCCAUAAUGACUUAAAAUCUUGUGAAAGUGAUGUGACACCGGGCAAUUGCUAACAACUAUUACAAUUUGGAGUGUAAAUCGUUGCCUAGCUAAAGGCCCUGUCACACUAUUGCGUAUCGUACUAGCGUAUGUCAGCGUAUGAAAAAUAUCACGCAUACGACAACAGUAUAUACGCUGGAAUACGCUAGGGGUACGUUAGGCAUACUAGGUUGUAUACGUUUUAAGCACAGUCGCGUACGGUGGAACCGUGUCGUUUUCCGUCGGUUGGGCAUCGUUUCGCCCCUGUCGAUCUCAUCGCGAUGGAUGGGCUAUCGUCCGCGGCCGUUGUUUCGUCGUUCUUCUGGCCCACCACUCUUCCCCUUCUCGUCAUUCCUUCGGUGACAGUCGUCCACCGUUGCUGUUUUCCAUGUCCCCUCGUAUGUUACAUUAUUACUAUAGUUUGCCGUAUGUUUAUCUCAUUUCGGAGCAGAUUUCGUACUAUAGAUCUAGAGGAGAGGUAGUGUUCUCGACACUCGAGAACAGCAAUAAUAUAUAUAUAUAUAUAUAUAUAUAUAUAUAUAUAUAUAUAUAUAUAUAUAUAUAUAUAUAGUAACUUGGUUAGGUAAUUCGUCAAUGCCCAAGUGCAUGCAUGGCCAUGAAAUACUACAAUCCGCCCACGGUCAUGGUCUCAAUCGAAUUACCUCCUCAAUUGUAGUACAACCCUCCAAAACUCCGACUAAUCGUGUGACGGAGCGAAAUUGUUAAUUUCAUUUAAUUAACACCAUUUGCAUUGCGAAUUGUCGCUAGAAUUGUUAUCAUGGAAGCGUUCUUAACCCGAGCCGUUAACAAUUUAUUAUUACUCUCAAAAUAGAAUCCGAAAUACUUGGGGAUGCAAACCUAAUGGUGGUUCAACAAAAUGGUGUAACUUGGAGUUAGGUCCAAGAACCGAAAUAGCAAAAACCAAAGGCUGGUGGAUGAGCGCGGAUGAUAAGAGAGUCACUACUUUUACUCUCAGAAGCAAUGUUGGAUACGUAUGGUCCUUGACAAAGGUAUAUAUUGCAUUACAUUCUAACCUAAUUCUUACUCUGGGAUCGGUUAUUUAUCGGUCCGUUAUGAUCUGUAUUGACCAUAACUUGUAAAUAAACGCAAUGAAACUCUCUAUAAAGAACGAAAAUAUUAAUAAAUCAGCUUUUACUCAUUGAGUGGCAGCACUGUUCUCCUGAGAACGGUUAGUUGUACAAUGCAUUCAAACGUCCUUCGUUUUUAAACAUUUUAUUGUUACAGUCACCGAUGUAA